AUGCGGAAUGGCGGGUCGAAUCAGAUGGAGCGAAUCGAGAGGCGGAGUGUAUUACCUGCCGAAAUUUCCCCCGUGGCAGGACGCGCCUGGUUCCAGCGUAGUAUUCUUCGUAUCAAAGAAAAGGCAUGCAGAGCCGCAAAGCGCCGACUGCUCUCCUAUCCGCGAAAAGAUGCUGGUGCUGACGACACUUUGGCGAUGGAGCGGCUCACCUGCCGUCGCCCUAUCGCUUUCCGUCUCGGCCGUAAUCUGCGCAUCUGCUCUGUGUCCCCUGAUCAUGUUCCAUACGCUCUACGUGUUCUCGCAGAUAGACCAACAACACUGUCCGCAUGCUGCAUUGGACCACCAGGAUUGAAAGGAUAUCCAGGUCGUCCCUCCACGGAUGGAAUUGAUGGCACUCCUGGUUCGCCAGGAGAUGUUGGUCGACCAGCCGAUCUGGACCCACGUCCAUUAUGUAUUCGUGAGUGUCCACCUGGACCACCUGGAAGAAUUGGUCCACCUGGCGAAAAAGGCGAACGCGGUUUCCGAGGAAGGCCUGGCCCUGCUGGUGUGCCAGCCCCACCAUCCCCGAGUGGUGCUCCAGGAGAGCCUGGAGAAAAGGGUUUCCGAGGACUAACGGGACCACCUGGUGAGCCAGGUGAGCCUGGGAAACUAUACACGGCUGCUGGACCGCCGGGAAAGGAAGGCGAACCGGGUCCACGUGGCCCACCCGGCGAAAAAGGGCAACGUGGACGCGAUGGUGAAAAUGGACUGGAAGGUCCGCGAGGAGAACGUGGAUUCCCUGGUCUCAAAGGCGAAAAAGGACCACGAGGUCCCACUGGACUUCCAGGACCACCGGGUCCGCAAGGGAAUAGUUGGCCCUGCCAGAGCUGUCCGCCGCCACGUGUCUCGCCCGGGUACUACAAGAAGUCUGUCAAAAACUAG